AUGGCAGAGGAGGAGGAAUUCUCGCCGAACCUUCUGACAGAGGAGAUGAAACACGGCGAUGGCGACUUCGUACCGCCGGACGGUUUGUGCUGGGUGUCGGUGCUGUCCUGUCUGCUGCUGGCGUGUUCUUAUGUCGGGAGUUUGUACGUGUGGAGGAGCGACCUGCCGAGGGAUCAUCCCACUGUGAUAAAGAGACGCUUCACCAGUGUCCUCAUCGUGUCCGGCCUCUCGCCCCUCUUUGUGUGGGCAUGGAGAGCAUUCACAGGUGUCAGGACUGGCCCAUCGUUACUGGCUCUCAUGGGGAUCCGGUUUGAAGGCCUUAUUCCUGCAGUCAUACUUCCUCUGAUGCUCACCAUGGUCCUGUUUCUGGGCCCCCUCAUGCAGUUGGCUAUGGACUGUCCCUGGAGCUUCAUGGAUGGGAUCCGGGUGGCCUUGGACCCGUGGUUCUGGUCUUUGUGCUUCAGCGACAUGCGCUGGUUGAGGAAUCAGGUGGUGGCGCCGCUGACGGAGGAGCUGGUGUUCAGGGCCUGCAUGCUGCCCAUGUUGGUGCCCUGUGCCGGUCCUCUCACUGCCAUUUUCACCUGCCCCCUCUUCUUUGGAGUGGCUCACUUCCACCAUGUGAUCGAGCUGCUGAGGUUCAGACAGGGGACGCUGUCGGGGAUCUUCCUCUCUGCAGUGUUCCAGUUCUCCUACACGGCGGUGUUUGGGGCCUACACUGCCUUCCUCUUCAUCAGAACAGGUCACCUGAUAGGCCCGGUGCUCUGCCACUCCUUCUGUAACUACAUGGGUUUCCCAGCUAUCAGCGCGGCGAUGGAGCACCCCCACCGCCUCGCCGUCCUCUCCUCCUACCUGAUGGGGGUCGUCCUCUUCCUGCUCUUCCUCUUCCCUUUCACCGACCCCUCCUACUACGGCCUCCCCACACCGGUGUGCACCCUCACCCCCUUCCCAAGCUCCCUCUGCCUCUCCUGACCCCCCCCCACGCCCCCAACACACUUUUCUGCUAUUGUCAUGUCAUGGGUUUUUUCUUUUUGCCAAGUUAAGAGUUCAGGUGAAGUCCAGUGUGGGCUUACAGUGCUAACAGCCAUGCGGACUAAGUUGCCAUGUUCUACGGUCUAAGUAUCGAUGUGUCGAUAAAUCAGCUGAAGCUCUUCUACAGAGUGACUCCGUUUAGGUGGUGGGGGUUCAAAACUCUAAAAACAAGACCUGAGUUCUGCUACCUGACAGGUCUCGGCAAAGUAUGGGGUUUUUGUGUUGGGUUGGGGUCAUUUUGUUGGGUUCAGGUUUUGAUGUUAAAUUGGUCAGUACUAGUUGGGUUCAGUUGAAUCUAAAAGAAGCAGGUAUAGGCCUGGUUUCCCCAUACAGAAAGUUCUAAUAAACUAGAAUUAUCCUUUGAUGCCUUUGAGCAUCUCCAGAUGGACACAUGGAAAUCGUUGAAGAGGGUUGUUGGAGAAACCGAUUUCCUCACGGCUGCACUGCAUUGUGGUCUUUAGAGGCUCACAGAGAUGUUGCUGUAGCUGCACCGGAGCACAGGAACGUCUGUGUGAUGUUGAAAUAGUAAAUACACAGCAGGAACACAUCCACAUCACCUACAUUUCAUAAUGUUAUGGGCUUGUUUUUAACGGCGACAUUUCAUCUGGAUUUCUUAUUUGUGUGAAGUCGGACACCACGACUCUGCUGUUGUAGAGAAACGUUCUGCUGGAAGCGGUCGGUGUUUUAUACGACGUAUUAGUAAUUUAUUUAUUUACCUCUGUUUGUAUUCAGUGCUGGUGGUAGUUUUUUUGUUGGUGAAGCUGGGUGAUGGGAUAGCUUAGGGGGUCCAAUGUCCGUUAAGGCUGAAACAUACUGUGUGUUUCUGUUUGUUUGGAAGGACGUUAAAGCUGUCAGUCAAACAACAACUGGAUCGAAACUGCUGGAAAAAGGACGGUCUGUUACGUCUCAAUCACAUAGUCAAAAGCAGUUUAAGUCCAUUAAAAUGUGGUUUCAUCGGUGAACCGAACCACUGUUUGAAAGUGUCUCACAGUACAAUAUCUACUAAGGUAUGUCCUGCAUCGUUCUGUAGUCGUUACUAGUUUUAGUGGAUAAUACUCGAGAAAGUUGUCUUUAAUCAAAUCAAAUUAAAAUAACUUAACAAUUCAAAUUGUAUUUAAACAAAAUCACUCUAGUUCGUGAGAACAAGCAAAUUAAUGUGUGCUUCUUACGGGACGGGUCUGCUGAUGUCCAUUAGGGACAGCAGAGACCCAUGUGCAGAUGUCCAUAGUUCAUCAGGUGUCUACGUCUGUUUUGUCGAGUAUAAACCAAAUCUUCAGGAUUUAUGCUACAUUUCCCGACACUGCAAAUCCUGAAUUUGAGUUUGUGUAGUCUGAAACGUCUGCGUUUGUGUCUUCACACAGGAAUGUUUUGGUCUUGGAGAUUGUUAUGAGUUUUCAAACAUUUUUGAAGAUCUUUUACUUUGAGGUCCUAAAAUGGUCCAGUAUUGAAGGAGAAGGCUGCAGCUGCUAACCGUUUUGUAAUGUGAUCCUCACCGCCAAUGUACGUCCACUGACGUUCUGGUUUUGCCACUUAUAGGCUUGGAUUGUUAUUAUAAGUGUCUGACAACAUUAUGGAGAGGACCCUACAGAGAAAGAGAGUUUUCCUUUACCCUUCACUUGAUCCGGUCUGUUUGUUACUGUUUCAAGUCUCGAUCACAGAAGUCUCAUUCAUAAAUCCUGUGAGAGGUGACUUUUUGCCGGAAGACAAUGGUGGAAACGGGAGUGACGUUGAAUAGAGGAUAUUUUCAAUGUCAUGGCUGGAUAUUUAGCUGAUAUCACAUCUCACGAGAUGUUUGUAGGAGACUUCUUCGAGCAGGACUUGUUCAGACACAAUAACAAACUAAUCAGAUUAAGUGAAAUUUGAAGAAAAAUACAUGUUUCUCUGUAGGGCUCUUUUCGUCAUGUAGUCAGACAUUUAUAAUCACACUCCGUCAGUGGUAAAAACAAGCACUUUUAGUGGACGUACAUUGACGGUGAAGAGUUGCUCCGAGCGAUUACAUUACCGCCUGUUUGGCAGCUGCAGCCUUCUCACUCAAUACUGAACCAAUUUCAGAAAUUGGUGUUCAUAUUUGUCACUUAGGGUCCAGGCUGAAAAAUACCAAAGUUUCCCUUUAACCGGUUAACUUUAAGUUCCGUUUUGUUGGUGACCAACAUUUCAUUUUUGACCGUUAUUGUGAGCGCUAGACUUCUGCGCGAUCUUAAAAUAUUCUCCUUCCCUUAUGGGGGACAUAGAGGUGCAUCACUGGCUUUUUUUUCCUAUAAGAAUGUUAUUUAAUUAAACUGUCAAACUAGAAGAUAAUCACUAAUCUGACUUGUUGAGCUCUCGCUCCACUUGAAGUGUAUUUGGAGCUCACAGUUGGUGGCGUUUGAGGUGCUUCUGACAGUGAGAAUAGAUACUGUGAAGAAGUGGGCUGCUUGGGUCUUCAGCAAUAAAUCCUAUAUAUAUAUAUGGAAGAGUUUGGAUCUAUUUUAAGUGACUGAGCGAGUGAAGCGGUGGAUUCUCUGGAGGAUACACGGCCGUAUAUGUUUGUUAAUUAUUCUUGGCAGGUCAUUUCUUUAAGUUUACAAACCCUUGGCAGGUAGAGAGAUCUGUUGUGAUGAGAAUUGAACGUACCUGUAGCUGCCAGCAGAGGGCGUAGCAGCACUUUGUCAGAGACAGAGCUGAGGGAACUCUGCAUUCUGUUUAUCGACCUGUCUGACAUCAGUCAUCCGUCACCGGGAAAACCAAUUCGCUCUAACUUAUUUCACUCUGUCUUCUACACAAUUACGUAGAGCAGAUUGAUGCAGAGAGGAGGAACCCUGUGGCAAGGAUCUCACUGCUGCUAGAUCACAGUUAAGAAAAACUGUCCUGCCUCCUACAUUGUGUGUCUCAUUACUCAACUAUAGAGUCUUUCUCUCAACUUUACAAAUAAGCUGUACAACAAUAGUCCAGAACACCUUCGCCCCUAGAUUGACUUUUAUUCAUGUAUAAAUGGAUCAUCUUAAAGAGCUGGCACAUCAGUUUUUGUGACUUAAUGGUUGAAACCGUGGUUUCUUGUUCUUCACCCUGUUUUUACGUUAAAUCCCAGGACCACAGUGAACGUCAAUAAAUCCCGUAAAUCUGGGAAUAGUAUAGUUAAUGUUUAGUUCUCCAAAUACAGGGUUGGGGUUUCAAUUAAAUUGGAAUUUAUAGGAAUGGUGACAUGCUUCAAAUCUCUCUACAUCACACCUAUAUAAAGCCUCUGUAUAGAUUUUCAAUGCAUUAUACAUUAUAGCAUAUUUUUCUUUAUUGAAAAAUUUGGCCUCUAGUUUCCUGGUGGGAAACAGUCAGUGACUAUGUUUACAUGCACACUAAUGUUCCACUAUUAUUCCAAAUAUGAUGCAGCAUCUUUUGUUUGGAUUGGCAAAUUGGAUUUUCUGAAUAAGGCCUUAUUACCACUUGACCAACUGGGCAAAUUAUAUGCUAGAUUUACUAGCCCAGCGUGGAACGUGGCAUAUUGUCUUUUUUUCAGAAUAAGGGCAAACAUCUGACUAUUUUCUGCAUGUUAGCAUAGUUGAUGACGCGGUGGUGGUGUGUUCUCUCGUUAACGCAUUAGUCAUGAAACUACAAGCCCAUUUGAUGCUGUCAUUCUCAGUGUCCAGGAGACAGAUCUAACUGUAGCCUUUCUGUGGGUGUAGACAUCGCUCUGCCUAUAUGUCUUUUUCCAUGCUACCACUGGUGGGCGACAUUUGAUAGCAAACACAUAGUGGCUUUAAUGAAAAAAAAUGGAAACUACACCAAUCAAAUAAUCACCAUAGAUCAAUCCUAGAAAUCUCCCACAACCGCAUCUGCCUAUGAAGAGAGCCUAUGAAUGCAUGAGACCCCUUUAUAUAUGCUGUUAUUUCUCUUUGGAGCACUAUUUUCUAAAGUGAAACAAUCACAUCCUGCAGAAAUAAGAGAUACAUUUUCCUGCAAUGCUGCUUAAAAGCACUGACAAAUUGAAGAUUAAUGGACAUUAUAGCUUGAAUCACUCGUUGCUAGCUAUUCUUUUCCUGUUAGAAAGGCACACAGCAGUCCUUCGUUCAAGCUACCAGCCAAUCGGCAAAUCCCAAUAUCUAUAUAUUUAUUUCUGUAUGUGAGGCACAGGUCAAGGCUCUCCCUUUAUUUUCUCUAUAGCUCUGUGUUCAUGUAUUGUUCCACCACACUCUACCCAGAAACUCUCCACAUAUAAUUAGCAAACAGGCUCAACGCUUUUUUUUUUUUUUUUUUUUUUUUU